CCCCCCCACCACCACACAACCCAAAACCCAAAUGGAAAACAAAGCUUGCUUCAUCUGGUGCUUAUGUCUCUUCACUUACAUGACCAUUUUUCCGGCAGUGGACAUGUUUGAUCUGAAGGUUGAUACUGUCAAAAGACACAAUGGGAAACAUAAGCUGUUUGUUUUCGGAGACUCGUACGUAGAUACAGGGAAUUGGCCAACAUCAAUGUCUAGUUCUUGGAAAGAACCUUAUGGUCUCACUUACCCUGGUUCUCCUUCUGGCAGAUUUUCCGACGGCCUCGUUCUCACUGAUUUUAUUGCUUCAUUCCUUGGCAUAAGAUCACCUUUACCUUAUACUAAGAAGGGAUCUGAUGGGAAAUCAUCAGUAAAAGAUGGAGUGAAUUUUGCAUAUGGAGGCACAGGUGUAUUCAACACUUUUGUUAACCAACCAAAUAUGACAACACAAAUAAAUUAUUUUCAGCAACUAAUUCAAGAAGAAGAGGUGUAUACAAAAAAGGAAAUGAGUUCCUCCAUUGCUCUUGUGUCUGUGGCAGGCAAUGAUUAUGCUACUUUCUUGACCAAAAAUGGCAACAAUAUGGACGACUUGGGCGAUAUAACUAAAUCAAUAAUAAGUCAACUUGAAUUGAACCUUAGACGCAUACAUGGAUUAGGAGUUUCUAAAAUUGGCAUCACAGCAAUGGAACCCAUAGGAUGUUUGCCAAGAAUGACUGCUGCUUCUUCUUAUGAGAAUUGCAGUGAUUCUGCAAAUUCUCUCUCAAUAUUUCACAAUGAAAUUCUGCAUCAAACUAUAGAGAAGCUCAAUAAUCAAACUGGUAAACCAGUUUUCGUCAUUCUUGAUAUCUACAAUGCCUUCAUUUCUGCCUUGGACAUACAGCAAAACCAUCCAGGAAAUUCAAACUUUGAGAAACCACUGAAACCAUGUUGCUCGGGAACGAGCAGUGAAUAUUCAUGUGGAGACAAGAAGGGAAUGAGGAAAAAUUACGUCUUAUGUCGAAAUCCAGAGCUUUCAUUCUUUUGGGAUGUCAUUCAUCCUUCUCAGCAAGGCUGGUUUGCUGUUUUUUCUGCUCUAAAGCCUUCUCUACGUUCCCUACUGUAAAUCAUAGGCUAGUCUGAAGAGUCAAAGUCAAGAUUUAAAAUUUAUGAGUUCUUAACUUAUCAUUGAAUCCAUAGAUUAUUUUAGUUAUUGAGAUUGUAAUUAAAUAUUUAUACGUAUUUAAUGACUUUUCUUUGUUGCUACUGAAUUCGUCCGAAUCCAUAGGUAAUACUCUAGCUCCGCCCCGAGGCUAGAUAUCCCUUUGUUGCUACCUUUUCCUAAUUUUCUACUUUCUAUUUUCUUGAAUAAUUUUGAUGGUGUGUUAAGUCUUGGUAAAUAUAUGUGUUUGUGUGCGAAAGAAAAAAGACUCGUCGAGUGACUUCAAAAUUAAUUAGUACGUAGUAAUUAAACUAUCUUUGAUGAAACUCUAAAAAAUUUCCUUAAUCUCGUGAGACGUGAGUCCCAUUUUGUGUGUUAUUAAUUGACGAAUAUGUGUAAAUUGCUUUGAGAGUUGAGGCAGUUGUUCAUUGCACAACAAUUACAUCCUUGUAGUGCUCUUCAAAUCCUCUUCUUUGCUCUCCAUUGUUGUAUAGACUAGCUUGCACUCAUAAUAAGUUGAGGG